GGGAGUAAGUUUGGCAGCGGGACGCUGCGCGGGGUGAAUGGAUAAUAUGUUGGAAGUCCAUCGCGAGUAUGGAGGGUGGAAUCAUGUCUCAGCUAAUGCAUCUCUCUCGGACUCUUUGCACCUCUCGAUUCUUCUAUUCCGCUAAUUCAUGGAAGGAACGGACAACAAAAUAUAUUUGGGUUCUCUAUAACUUACGGAGUCGUUUUUUCUGUUAGAUGAACUUCACUCUUCUCUUUGUUUGCUUUGGUCUUCUUGUGUUUCUUGUUUCUCUUUGCAUUAACGCGUGUGCGUGUAUAUCUGCUCGCUUCAAGAGCGCUUCACGUCUUGAUGGUGACGGUUGGUCAGCUGCUUCAUACAACUCACCGUCCAAUCGUUUCUCUCGCACUUAUCGUCAAGCGUGUCUUUUGUAUAUUUUUUACAGUGGUAUCCUUUACGGUCUUCUCUUCUUCGCUUCUGAAAGCUUGCGCCAGGAAAAAAAAUCGCCGGGAGAUGAAUCGAAAGCUUCAUGUUGCACUACUAGCCCUUUCUCUUUUCUCCUCUCCAGUCGACCUCUCUCUCCAGGAAAGGCCUUUUUUCUGUUUUCCCGCCGUCCCGCCCCUUUUCCAACCCCAAGAGGUGGAAAUGCAGACGAUCUGA